CAUUUCAGCGACUCCAUCUCGCUUAUCACCCUCACAAUAUUCUCUCUCUAACAAUUUUAAAAGCUUCUUUCUCUCUUGAAUACAAUGGCUGAAACAAUUGCUGUAUCGCCAUUGAAGCGCCACAGAGAAGAAGAAACCCUAGCCGAAGAAGAUACGGCUAAACGACAAAAGCCCUCUUCAUCAUCGUCUCCCUCUUACAACGACCAGAUGCUCUGUCUCCUCAGCGAUUCGGAAGAAUUUAACCAACCCAACAACGACCUAACUUCCUUUAUAAACGCUCUCCAGCAAGAAUUCUCAUCAGAUGACCAAAACGCCGUCGUUUCCGGAGUCUCCAACGUCGAAGACUCGUGCGUUUCCUCGAAGGAAGACGAUGUCGAUGAUGAGAACAAGGAACAAGUGAUGCAGCAUCUUCUCGAAACUACCGACGACGAACUCGGGAUCCCUAACACUGAAUUUGGCGGGAGUAAUUAUGAGUUGAUUAAGAAUGAUAUUAGUCAAGAUUACGUUUAUAAUGGAGAGAGAUUGUUAGAUGGUUUCGGUGAUGCGUUUUGGGAGCUUGAAGAUGAAGCCGCUAAUUAUUACACGUUGCUGCAGUCUGAGCUGUUCUUGUAGAAAUCUUAACUGGGAAACAAAUUAAGAGAAAAAGAAAAAACGUAAAAUCUGGAAGAAAAGGCCAUUUAAAGAACAAAAAAAAGUGGGUCGUUUUUUUUUUCUAUAUGGAAAUUAAUUUCAUUUUUAAGACACACUUCUUUUGUUUUGGCGGAGCUACGAAAUAUCAUUUUAAUUGAUUGAUUAAAUU